AUGCCUUCUCAUCCAGCCGAUAUGCAGGCUGAGCAUGUCUCCAUCUCGCCCCUCCUUCAGCGACUUGCCUACCCCGCGACUCAGGUUCCAGUCGAAGCAUCUGAGAUCGCCUCUGCAUUCGCAUUGAUCUUCGAAGAUCGCCUAUCCGCUAUUCAAAUGGCUGCCCUUUUGACUCUCUUGCACUCUACUGGAAAGGACAAGGAAGCAGACGUCAUCGCGAAAUGUUCGCACCGCAUGAGAGAGGCCGCUUCCCAGGUCGAAAGAUCUGCUUUAAAGCAAGCUCUCAAGGCCCGUGGAAAGAAGGAAGGCAACUACAAGGGAGGUUUGUGCGACAUCGUUGGCACCGGCGGAGAUUCGCAUUCUACCUUUAACGUUUCUACGACCGCCUCCAUUAUCGCAUCGCCACUGCUUAUGACGGCCAAACAUGGCAAUCGCGCGCAGACCUCGUUUUCCGGAUCCGCUGAUGUUCUCAAUGCAAUUUCGCCCGUUCCACCGAAGAUCUCAGCUGUGAAUGCAAGCAACGUUGCACGGGUUUACGAAGCGACCAAUUAUGCGUUCCUGUUCGCCCCGAACUUCCACCCUGGUAUGGGCUACGCGAAUCCUGUGCGACGUGGACUCGGACUUCGCACAAUAUUCAAUCUCAUGGGUCCAUUGGCCAAUCCUGUCGACUGGGCCCUGGAAGCGCGCAUGGUUGGAGUGGCCUACCAGAGUCUUGGCCCGGUUUUUGCAGAUGCUUUGCGACAAGGGGGUGCAAAGAAAGCCCUUGUCGUUUGUGGUGAAGAAGAUAUGGAUGAGAUUAGUUGCGCGGGCAAGACCAACUGCUGGAAACUCUCUGAAUAUCCUAACCCCGCCUAUCAAGGAUCAGACAAACCAGACGAGACCAGCAGCAGUGAGGAGGACACGCCCCGCACUCUGGUCACGUUGGAAACAUUCCAGCUCCACCCGUCUGACUUUGGUCUUCCGACUCAUCCGCUGUCGGACGUGUACGGAAGGAAGAUGCCCAAAGACAAUGCGGCCAAGCUUAUGAGCAUCUUGCGCAACGAACUGCCUCGUGAUGACCCCAUUCUGGAUUUUGUUAUUAUGAAUGUCGCUGCCCUUCUGGUCGUUUCCGGUAUCUGUGAUGCUGAUACCAGCAAUAUGGGCCCAGGCGACGAUGGUCAGGUCAUCACGGAGCGUGGCCCUGGCGGUGGACGCUGGAAGGAGGGUGUUCGUCGUGCUCGCUGGGCUAUCGAGAACGGCGCCUCUCUCAAAUGCCUGGAAGAGUUCAUCGAAGUGACGAACAAACUCGAGCAGCAGCAAUAA